AUGGCCGAUGUUGAAAUGGACGUCGAUGUCGAGGCGGGCUCUCCCCCUCCCCCCGCGCGCAACGAAUCCGACAUGCAAACACACACUAAAGCCACGGCCGUCCGCUCCAUCGAAGGCUGGAUCAUCAUUGUAACAAAUGUCCACGAAGAAGCCGACGAGGAGGCUCUGCAAGAUCUCUUUGGAGAAUACGGAGAGAUCAAGAACAUGCACCUGAACCUCGACCGAAGAAGCGGUUAUGUCAAGGGAUAUGCCCUUAUCGAGUAUACAACGCUGGAGGAAGCCCGAGCUGCCAUAGACGGCGCGCACGACCACAAACUUCUCGACCAGACCAUCUCGGUGGACUUUGCUUUCGUGCGACCUCCUCCCGGCAAGCCUGGUCGUGGAAGAGGCGCUGGUGGACGAAACAGAGGACGAAGCAGGAGUCGUAGCCCCGAGGGCAAGGAAGAACGCGAAGAGAGGGAUUGA